GUAUCAAUAAAAUGGCUAACAUUAUGUUAUGUUGUAUUGUCUUGUGUCUUGCCCUUUGUUCUGGUGUAAUGGCACACCCUCCCUCUAAAGGUGUCAAAGGUGCAUAUUACCCUUCAUGGGCAUUUUCAACUUUCCCACCAUCAUCCAUAGACACAUCUUUGUUCACUCACAUCUACUAUGCAUUCCUUGUACCAAACAACACAACAUUUAAAUUCGAUAUUGACGAUGAAACCUCCACUCUCCUCUUCAACUUCACCUCCACCCUCCGGUCCAAAAGACCGUCUGUCAAGACACUAUUUUCGGUUGGGGGAGGAGGUGAAGGACCGGCUAGGUUCUCGCGUAUGGCAUCAACAUCUGCCUCUCGUUUGUCUUUUAUAAAAUCUAGCAUAGAGGUAGCUAGAAAAUAUAAAUUUGAUGGAUUUGAUCUUGACUGGGAAUUCCCUCAGAACAAUAAGGACAUGGAGAAUUUCGCGAUUUUAGUAAACGAAUGGAGGGUUGAGGUUAAAAAAGAAUCUUUGGCUACAAAAAGGCCACAACUUUUGAUCACAGCAGCUGUUUACUUCUCUGUUGACUUCUUCCUAUGGGGUGAAUUUAGAUCAUAUCCUGUGCCUUCAAUUAACAAGAACUUGGAUUGGAUCAACUUAAUGUUCUACGAUUAUCGUGGAUCAUGGGACACGUCUGCCACUGGUGCACAAGCAGCAUUAUUUGACACGAAAAGUAAUGUUAGUACAAGUUAUGGACUAAGUACUUGGAUCAAAGCAGGGGCCUUAAGAAGCAAAUUGAUUAUGGGAUUGCCACUUUAUGGUAGGACAUGGAAAUUGAAAGAUCCAAAUGUUGAUGGAAUUGGUGCACCAGCAGUUGGUGUUGGUCCUGGUGAUGAAGGGACAUUAACUUAUAGGGAAAUUGAGAAAUUCAAUGAGGAAAAUAAUGCUAAAGUUGUAUAUGAUUCUGCUACUGUUUCUGCUUAUUCUGUGGCUGGAACUUCUUGGAUUGGCUUUGAUGACACUAACUCUGUUGCAAGGAAGUUACACUAUGCUCAAUCACAAAGACUUAGAGGCUACUUUUUUUGGGCUGUUGCUGGUGAUAAAGAUUGGAAAAUCUCAAGAACAGCUAAGCAAUCAUGGAUUAUUUCCUAAGAGAUGAAGGGG